AUGGCCCGCCUUGCCACUGUAUUGCUCGCAUGCGCAUUCCUGUUGUCGAGCGCGAUACGCUCCGAUUCUGCAAGCCAGGAGACUGCGGCAAACAAGACGGAUAAGAGCACACCGAUGAUGAUUAUUCACUGCUGCUAUGGCGGGAGUGUUGUGUCGGCCGGCAAAGUGUGCAAAGUCGUGAACGAGUUCAUGGAAGGAGACUGGUGCAAAGACUACGACGAUCCAGGCAAUGGGCGCCCUCUCCGUUUCGACUGGACCGGUGGCUGCGAGCAUGCUCAUGAUUGUCCCGAGCUGUCGUCGUCGAAGUAG